AUGCCUCGAGUCGUCCGCCUCGCUGCUGCCCAGAUGGGCACCACCAAUAAGUGGGAUACGCGCGAACAAACAAUGCAGCGGAUGAUCAAGCUGCUUGUUGAUGCGGCCGGGCAGGGUGCGCAGGUCGUGCUCUUCCCAGAGAUCGCCUUCACGACCUUCUUUCCUCGCUACCUGAUCCUCGAUGAGCAGGAGAUCGAGUCAUGGUUCGAGCACGGUGACGUGACAACCGCACCCAACACCAAGCCUCUCUUCGACGAAGCGCACAAGCUCGGCGUCGAUAUUUGCGUGGGUUUCGCCGAAAAUACGCCCGAGAACGACCACUACAACAGUUGCGUGUACUACCACGCGAAGACAGGCUCGGUGCUGGCCAAGUACCGGAAGAUCCAUCUUCCCGGCGAUGCAGAGCCGCUGCCGGAUCCCAAGGCCAUUAACCAGCUGGAAAAACGGUACUUCAAGCCGGGCAACCUGGGGUGGCAGGCAUUUCGCGUGCCCGAACUGACAUCAUCAUUAUCCUCGUCUUCUUCUUCCGCUCCCCCAGACGAGCGCGGGGACCCGAUCUUCGGCAUGAUGAUCUGCAACGACCGCCGAUGGGCCGAAUCGUGGAGGGUCCUCGGCCUGCAGGGGGUGGAAGUCGUGCUGUGUGGCUACAACACAAACGGGUACGCGCCUGAGCUAUGGGGGGUGUCGGCAGCGACGUUGGGCCGGAAAGAGGCGGAGGAGCUGUCACUCUUCCACCACCAGCUCGUCAUGCAGGCCAACUCGUACACGAACGCUACGUUUUCCGUGUGCGCGGCACGCUGUGGCCUCGACGACGGCCAGUUCCCGCUGAUUGCGGGAUCGAUGAUCAUCGACCCGGAAGGUCGCAUUCUGGCGCAGAGCAGCACGACAGCCGACGAGCUAGUCAUCGCCGACUGCGACCUCGAGCUAUGCCGGCCAGGGAAACAGCGCACGUUUGACUUUGCUCGCCAUAGACGCAUCGAGCAUUACCAACCCAUCGCCACGCAGACGGGAGUCAUUGAGCCAUCCCGAGACACAGACGCCCGAUCUGUAGAGAAAAAGGAGCCAGUUCUAAAAGGCGACACCGUCAGAGAAAUCAAGAAGAUCCGUGUAUUGCUCUGCAACCCCAACACAACACAAAGCAUGACCGACGCCUGCGUACAGAGCGUCCAGGCCUCCCUCCCCGCCGACGUAGAAGUCCACGGCCUGACGGCGUCCGCCCCCGCCCCGACAGCAGUGGAGGGACACUUCGACGCCGUGAUGUCCGCCGCGAGCGCCGUGCGCGCCAUCCUCCCCCUCGCAGACCGCUACGACGCCUUCCUAGUCGCCUGCUACAGCGAUCAUCCGCUUAUCCGCAUGCUGCGCGAGGAAGUCGACCAGCCCGUCGUGGGGAUCAUGGAGGCGAGCCUGAUCGCGGCCCGUACGCUGGGAAACAGGUUCGGCGUCGUGGCCGUCUCGGCGAGGUCGCGCGUCAUGCACGAAGAUGCGAUCAGGCACUACGGGUUGACUUCCUUUUUCGUGGGUGUGGGGAGUUGUGAUAUCGGCGUGCUGGAUCUAGCAUGCCACAACGACACCACCAAUACUGGUAUUAAAGUUGUUGAAUCUAUCGUUGCGGAUGUGGCUGCCUCCCUUGUCGAUCAAGGGGCAGACACGCUCACCCUCGGAUGCGCGGGAAUGACGACCCUCAAGACCGCUGUUGAGAAGCGUGUCGGUCCGAAAGUGCAGGUUGUUGACGGGGUGGUUGCGGGCGUGCACCAUCUCGUCGGGCUGGUGCGUAUGGGUUGCAAGACGGCCAAGGCGGGGAUGUAUAUGAGUUCGCGGGCUAAGAGGAUCGCGCGUGGUCAGGAAUAUUAUUGA